AGAGGGAGGGAGAGAAAAAAAAGAGAGACAGAAAGAGAGAAAGACCCGAAUCGCGAAAACAUCAGGUCGGAUCGGCGCGCUUUUCCGGAAAAUCCACGUCGUUUCCCGCGAGCGAGCGAUGAUCCACGCCGGGACGUCGAGUCGUCGCCGGACGAGUCGAUAAGCGAAUCGCGCGGCGGUAGAGGGGACAGUGCGUCAGUUGGCUGUGCUUAAUAUUCGGCCACGAGGUGUACUCGGACCCGAAGACACGUACGACCGGUGAACUCGCGCGCGCGCGCGCGCGCGCGAACGGUUCGCGUCGACUCGAUUUCGCGCUCGCCGGCGCUCGCAGCGGCUGAGAGGUCGCGAGAGCUCUCUCCACCGAACCGUCGCGAUUUCGCGAUCUCUCUCCUCAUCGAAGAGACCCCCGACGUCAGUGCGACAACAGAGCGGACCAGAAGAGGAAGAGACACGUACACAAUCCGGUGAUCCUCGCAGUGCGCUACCCAGGUGCGGAGGGGAUGGAGAUGCGCCCCGUUCUCGUGGCGGUCUGCCUCCUCCUCGUCACCCCCAUCACCGGCUCUUUCUGGACGGUAGGAAGCCAGGUGGUGAUGGAUCCGAUGCUCGUCUGCAAGAAGACGAGGAGGUUGAAGGGGAAGCUCGCCGACAUCUGUCGCAAGGAGCCGUCCUUGCUGAAGGAAAUCGCGAAAGGUAUCCAGGUCGGCACCAAGGAAUGUCAGCACCAAUUCCGAAAUCGAAGGUGGAACUGCACGACCGUGAGGAGGUCCCUGAAGAAGAUCUUGCUGCGCGAUACGCGGGAGACGGGUUUCGUGAACGCCAUCACCGCCGCCGGAGUUACUUAUGCGGUUACCAGAGCCUGCACUAUGGGUGACCUCGUGGAAUGCUCCUGCGAUAAGAUGACGAAGGGUAAUCGUUUGGCGAAGUUCGCGCGUACGCCUGAGGGGAAGAAAAGUUUGCCAACGGAGGGAGACUGGGAAUGGGGAGGAUGCGGCGACAAUGUGAACUUUGGCUUCAAGAAGUCGCGGGACUUCAUGGACGCGCCUUAUCGGAAGCGGAGCGACAUCAAGACGCUGGUGAAGCUCCAUAACAACGACGCCGGCCGACUGGCCGUACGGAACUUCAUGCGGACCGAGUGCAAGUGCCACGGGCUCUCGGGCUCAUGCACGGUGCGCACCUGUUGGCGCAAGAUGCCGCCGUUCCGGGAGGUCGGCAACCGCCUGAAGGAGUCCUUCGACGGCGCGGCCAAGGUCAUCCCCAGCAACGACGGCCACAGCUUCAUCACCGAGGGCCCCACGAUCAAGCCGCCCGGUAGAUUCGACCUCAUCUACAGCGAGGACUCGCCGGACUUCUGCAAGGCGAACCGGAAGACCGGCUCGUUGGGCACGACCGGUCGCCAAUGCAACGCGACUAGUCCCGGGGUCGACGGUUGUGAGCUCCUCUGUUGCGGCAGAGGCUACGACACGAGAGUCGUAAAGGAGAAGGUCAACUGCGGCUGCAGGUUCCACUGGUGCUGCGAGGUCACGUGUAACACGUGCCUCGUCAAGAAGACCGUCCACGCCUGCCGUUAACUUGCGACCACGCAAGCGGGCGAACUCUCAACCGGGAUCCAUCUAUGCGGCAGCAUCGAUCGGCGAUCAGACUCACGCUCGCGCUCUCACGGUGGUUGUUGGGUCUCCGCGACGCGGUGUUCUCGUGAAGAGAGACACCGCGCGGCUGGAGAAUACCGCGGAAGAGAAAUGACCGGAGAGUAUUCUCUCUAGCGCACAAGUGAUCGCGGACGGAGACGUCGCGACCCUGUCGCGAGGUACCCUGAACGGCUGAUGAUUGGAUUCGAAUGCACGACACUUGCGUCUUUGUUUCGCCGACGAGGAGGGAUGAUCCGCGAUCGAUAUUUUCGUUCACUCGACUCACUGUCGGUGUCUUCAUGUUUGAUGUUGUAAAUUUUCUCCGAUUUAUUGUUACAAUUGGAUUGGCCGUUCGAUGUGUCUCCGCGCGCACCGCCAAGCGAUCGUCCGAUCGUCGACGGCGAGAUCGCCCGACAUCGGCGACGUUGAACGCGAUUGAAGAAAAGGGAAAGAAACUCGUCGCUUCUCACUAAGCGUCCUUCCUCUCUCGGCGCGAUCGUGAUAACAUUCUGCUACGUAUAAUAACGUAUAAUAACGUCUGUGUGUAAUAUAUCAAUCUCUAGGAUACAGCUUGAUCGUGUAGCGUUUAACUCGACGACGAGCGUUCGGGUGACAUGUGAUUUACGAUUCCCUCGCCGCGAGUGCGCGGGUUUAUGAAUUAGGUCUAGGUCUACUAAGGGAGGCAGCACGCGAGAUAUAUCUCCGACGGACAUUCAUCUCGCGUGCUGCGACGCGGGCUCGAGGUCGUCAGUAGUGCAUGCGCGAGCUAAGUCAGACGCUGGUCGCUCGCGCGAGGCGACCGCCGCGCGCGCGCGCGCGCGCGCUCACGAGGCAGCUCGAGUGCCCUCUCGGCUGCUUAUGCUCGGCCGCGAAUGAUCAGCGGCUGUUUGAGACCCGCACGCAUCCUUGACAUCUCGUAGCAACGACUUCGCUGCGCCUCGCGUCCGAUCUCGCGCGACGGAGGUGAGAGGUCCCAUCGGAGCUUCGUCAAAAUCAGACGCGUCGUAGAAACACACACAAAGUGCGGGAACAAAUCUCUCACGCUGUCCGCGGAUUUGUGGUCGGAGAUUUUUUUACUGUUACAAUACGAUCAGGCCGCCGCUUCUUUAGGUUCUCCUCGCUUCAGGACCUCCCCGAAUUAAUAACGACUCGGAUCAAAAGAGUAACGUAAUGACACUCCGUAGCGGGAUUCUGCAACUCGUUGACGAUAACGGUAUCGCCGUUGCGCAAGUAUAAUAUGUGGCAGAGAAGAUGCGCAAUGUUAUGUAACGAGCCGAAAACUGCCAUUAUCAGCACAUUAGGAGUUACAAAAUUCCGCUACUGCAGACUUAUUUUGCAGAAACUUUCAACGACAAGUGUCUUUAUCGUUUCGUUGUGCCACCUUUCACUACGCAACGACAAUAUAUGACAAGUUACAACUUACAGAAUAGGCCUGCCGAAUAGAUUUCUCUCCAAUCUGUAUAACACAAAGUGUCAUUAACCGGAGCAGUCACUUUUUUGACAAUCGAGACAGUAAAUAACAACAGUGAGAGAUCUCGUCGACGAAAGUUGUAGUGAAAAGAAGGACUCUAUCUUUUAUAUUUAUUCUUUAAGAGACGCGCGAUCGGCUUGCAGUGCGUUUCAACGAGAAACACGAAUCGUUCGGGGGCGGAAGUGGAGCGAGGUGAUCCCUCUGCUUCGUAAGAACAAUCGAUCGCGGCUAUGUAGGAUGUAGUUGUUAUCAGAAUCGCCGAGACGCGCGAGGCGAUCGGCUUCAUUAAUUUCGGGUGUCGAAGCUUUCCACGUAUCUCCACUGCUCGUAAUACACUUUAAGGCGUACACGUUUAAGUCGUAUGGCGAAUUUACUUGUAAAGCGUGCUUCGCCGAGGCGUCGUAACGCGCCGGCGUUCGCACCCUUCGGCGGAUUGCUUCUCCGCUUUCAAAGCGCCGCGAGCUCGGACUGCCGCAGCGCAAGCCCUGAGUCCCGGUAUCAAUUCGACAUCAACGGCACGGAAAACAUCGCGUCUAAGUGCCCCACGUCCGAUCGCCACCUCCCGCCACGAGUUCCCGUACCGAUCACGCAGCUCGAUUUCUCCCGGGGCUCGGGAUUACGCUCUCUCUCUCUCCCUCCCUCCCUCCCUCUCUCUCU